UGUUUGCUCAGUAUGAGUCAUUCGAAAGGAAAUAUAACAGAAUGUUGAGUGGAAGCAGUCUUUUUAACGUUGUAAUUGUCGUACUUGUAUUGGUAUUGACAAACUCUGUCGUAGCUUUAGCCGUCCCAGUUGGAAAUGCAAGUUUAAACAAGACAGAAGUUUUGGGCAACGACAUAAAUCGGGUGUACAGUGAAUUUGGGAGAAGCAAAAAGGAUAAUUUACUUAUCGGUGAACUUUCGAAAAUGAGGUCAACAUGGAGGUUGAAUAACUACAAGUGUGAAGUGGGUCAGUACUUUGCAGAUACUGGUGAAUGUGAAGAUUGUAGAGAUCUCUGUCUGUACUACAAUAAGCGGAUGUGUGAAAUCGAAUGCCCAGCCACAUUCACCCAAAUAUUUGUUGUGCAAGAAAUGUCAAACGAUUACGAAUCAACGAAAAAUACAUUUAUUAUUAUUGCCGUAAUCUUUGGAGCCAUAAUCUUAUUUCUCGCGGGAGCUGGUUUUGUGAUGUGGAAAAAAUCACGCCGACAAUACAAGAUAACUCAAGAAAUGGACACAGUGGAAACCGGUGUUUCCGAUAUAAAAGAAGAAAUUCCUGGCGACCCGCCUAAGUACACUACACCAGCACCGAACACUCCAGAAACCUCGCACGAUCAGCAAGACGAUGCGGGCAGUCUUCCAGAUAAAUCAGAUGAAACAAGCUCACUGUUAAAUGAGGAACAAGCAGCCACAAGCGAGCCGCCGAUAAUCAGACAGCCAACCGUAAGCCCCAAUCCUUAUUACACACAGAUACCACCUACUGUGCAAGAUAACCAUUCAGCAGACAAAAAUAUGUUGGGUCCGGAUAACAGAGACGAUGAUCACUUCCAGAGCGUAAACUAAACACCGCAACAGCAGAUGAUGAUAACACGGGCUCAUUGAACAAAGGUAACCAUACCAACAAUAAGAAGGGCAAAAGGAUCAAACUUUUUAAAAAAAUAACAGUUUAAAACUGAAAUCUUGAACAAAUACUUGUUAGAUCAUUAUGUAGAUACGUUUAUUGCUUUAUAAUGUAACUUUGCAUGUUUAAAUUGGAACUGCUUCGCGCAAUGUAAGCAGUCGAUGCUUUUCAAUGCUUGUAUCGCCAUUUGCUUUAUUUUGUUCGCCGACCAUAAGAUAAGAAAUCCCUUUUAUAGUUACUGCAUAACUUGAACCACUUUAUUGUGUAUUCAGUAAAAAGUUAUGUAAAAUCUAACAUGGGAAAUCUGGUCGCCCAAGCUUUGCUAAACCCAUGCUUAACGCCGCGAAAAGGUUGAGAAGCACUUUUGUAAAUUGAAAAUGAAGCUUUUUUUGUAUGCUUGUAGGACAAAAAAGUUAUGACAAAUGUAUGUGCUCAAAGUUCUCUCAAGCAGUGUUUAUCUCCCUUUAGCAUAUAUAAAUGCUUGAAUAAAAUUAAAAAAGCACAAAAUUGA